AUGGGACUUUCAAAGAAGACACUUUUGGUGCUUGGCCUCUGCUGCCUCGUCGGAAUUGCUUUGUCUUGUCCAAAUGAAGGACCCUAUCCAGGAGAUGACGAGGACCGUCCAAGACCCGGUGACGAUGAUGACUGGCGUCCAAGACCCAGUCAUGUCGAUGACGACGACGAGGAGGACCGCCCAAGGCCCAGUGAUGACGAUGAGGAUCGCCCAAGACCCAGUGAUGACGAUGAGGAUCGACCAAGACCCAGUGAUGACGAUGAGGACCGCCCAAGGCCCAGUGAUGAUGAUGAGGACCGCCCAAUGCCCAGUGAAGACGAUGGUGACCUCCCAAGGCCCAGUGAUGACGAUGGGGACCUCCCAAGGCCCAGUGAAGGCGACGAUGACCGCCCAAGACCCACCCAGGGACCCGGGGACGGCAUGAGCCGUGGACCCGAUGAUGGCCGUACACAGUAGACAGCCAGUAGGCAGAACACCAACAAUAUAUACCACCAGUUAUAGGCCGUACACCACCAUGGUCCAAUAUCAUAAAGCCUGUAAGCAUAUAAACUUGUUAAGCACA